AUUUUUCAUACCUGGCCUACUUACUUAAAUAAACACCAUCAGAAAGAUUCAAGAACACACCUAACCAACAAAAUACGAUCAUGUUUAGAGCUAUGAGCACUCGGAAGAUCCACGGGGGCUACAAAAAGCUCGGGGAAGAAGAACCUAGUUUGAAGAGGGUCUCGAGCGUUCCGGGUAGUGUUUAUGGUAAUUCAAGAAACCUGGUUCAAGAGGUGAAGAAGACGCCGAUGGUGAAACCAAGCGGUGGUUCUGUUCAUCCUUUGCUAAGUUUCUUCGACGUUCGUUUCCAAAAGAAGAAGAAGAAGGCAACGAAGAAGAACUUGGCGACGGCAAAACCGGAGUUUGCUAGGUAUAUGGAGUAUUUGAAGGAAGGAGGUGUGUAGGAUCCGAAUUCUAACGCACCUGUUAUUCAUUACAAAUAGUUUCGAUGAAGGAAGAUGAAUAAAGACGUUUGUAUAUUGUUCUUUUAAUAUAUUAUAUAAUCUAUGAGGAAACAAAACAACAACUAGUGAUCUGGUUUAAAAGAUGGAUCCAACUAUGGAUUUGUCAUGUUUUGCGAAUUACUGAAUUACAAAGUUUUUUUGGGGGCUAAACUGUAUUAAAAAGUUGAGAGUGUUUAGUACACUUUCAAUGAGUUUUCAAGAAUAUGAUAAAUACAAGAUUAAUGAGCUUAA